AUUUUACUCUACUGUGUGAGAAAAGGAAGAAUAGAGGGUCGCUUUUGGGGAAGAACCGUGGGCUAGAAAGGGGAAGGGGGUUCUUUUUUAUUAUUAUUUUUGUUGAUCGGUCUUGCCCGUUUCCACCUCCUUGUACUGGCGAGAGGUUGAACGUUUAAAAUGGAGGCGGACAGAUCCGGCGGCGGACCAAACCCGAACUCCGGAGGCGGUGGCGGCAGCAGCAGCGGAGCGGGGCGCAACCCAAACGGGCCGAAAGCAGCACCGGGCCAGACGACAUCAUCCGCCGCGGCUGGUCCGAUGGCAGCAGUAGCUGCGGCAGCGGCAGCAGCCGUGGCGGCUCCCGGGUCUGUGCAACCUCGGGAGGCACAGGACGGGGACUCCUCGGGUAUGACGCUUCCCGGGAUCCUGCACUUCAUCCAGUACGAAUGGGGACGUUUCCAGGCCGAGAAAUACCGCUGGGAGGCUGAGAGGGACGAACUCAGGGCUCAGGUGGCAUUCCUACAGAGUGAACGGAAAGGGCAGGAGAACAUGAAACAGGACCUGGUGAGGCGGAUCAAAAUGCUGGAGUAUGCCCUCAAACAGGAAAGGGCAAAGCACCAGAAACUGAAGACAGGAAAUGACCAGAGUCCUGGAGAAAAGAAGCCAGAGAUGGAGGCAGAGCAGCUUCUCAAUGGACCAGCUGAGACAGACUCUGAGCCAGCCAAUCAGAUGUCCUGGAAGGAGGGACGUCAGUUACUACGCAAAUAUCUGGAGGAGGUCGGCUACUCAGAUACCAUCUUGGACAUGCGCUCCAAACGUGUGCGCUCCCUGCUGGGUCGGAGCAGCCCGGAGACGAACGGGCCUCCGCCCGGCGACAGCUGUCAGGAGCCAGAGCCACGAGCAGCUGGAGAGUCCUUGCUGGUCCGGCAAAUAGAGGAGCAAAUCAAAAGGAAUGCCGGCAAAGAAAGCUCCAAGGAACACGUGGGAAGCUCUGUGCUGGAUAAGAUCCCCUUCCUUCAUGGCUGCGAGGACGACGAUGAGGACGACAGCGACGAGGAAGAGGACUUCCAAGGCAUAGCCACCGACUGCAUCGAUGGUCCACGCAAAAGCAAAAAGUCCCGCGUAAAGAUGAGCUCAGAACCCAUGACCACAGAUCUGGACCACGAGGACGAGGAGGACGAGGACGACUCGGAGGACGCCCUCAGUGAAUUUGACUUUCUUGGCUCGGGGGAGGAUGGGGAGGGGGCGGGAGAGGCCCGGAUCUCGGGGGAUGGACGGGAGUUAGAGAACCGCAGGAACAAGCUACAAGGCAUAAUGUCGGACUUCCCUCCUAAACCUUCUCCGCCCCCGGCUGUAUCGGGACAGGCUCGCUCCGGGGAAGGUGGUGCUCUUGGAUUCUCCUCUGACGUCUUCAUCAUGGAUGCUGUCGGAGGAGGGGACAUGAACCUCGGGGAACUGGCUGAUCUCACCGUCGCCAAUGACAACGACCUCUCCAUAGAUAUGCAGGACAACAGAGAGGAUUUCAAGAAGACAUGGAACCCUCGUUUCACACUACGCAGCCACUUUGACGCUAUCCGGGCUUUGACCUUUCACCCCAGCCAAGCAGUUCUGCUCACCGCGUCUGAGGAUGGCACGCUAAAACUGUGGAACCUCAACAAGGCCAUGCACUCUAAAAAGAAUGCAGCUUUGGACGUUGAGCCCAUCUACACGUUUAGGGCUCACAGUGGAUCUGUUUUGUCCCUGACCACGAGUGAGGAUGGAGAGUCCUGCUUCAGCGGAGGCUUAGAUGGAACUGUCAGAUGUUGGAAGAUGCCCGACCUCAAUGUAGAUCCCUACGAUAACUACGAUCCAGGUGUCCAGAGCAGUGUGUUAGAAGGCCACGAGGACAGCGUUUGGGGUCUGACGUACUCGGCUGUUCACCAUCGCCUCGCUUCGUGCUCGGCCGAUGCCACGAUUCGCAUCUGGGACCCUCAGAACUCGUCUCCCUGCGUGUCGGUCUUCAAUAAGGAGAAAGAACACGGAACGCCCACCUCAGUGGCCUUUGUGACCUCUGACCCAAACCAGGUGGUGGUCUCGUUCGACAGCGGUGAGACGCUGCUGUACGACCUCAACACGGAGCAGAGCGUCACGGCCCUGGAGACGCAGUCCAAAGACGGCAGCGAGCUGAUCAACCGUGUGGUCAGUCACCCAACAGAACCCGUCUCCAUCACUGCACACGAGAACCGCACCAUCCGCUUCCUGGACAACAAGACAGGUAAAGCUGUCCACUCUAUGGUGGCUCAUUUAGACGCCGUCACCUGUCUCACCACAGACCCUAAAGGCACUUACCUCGUCUCUGGCAGCCACGACUGCUCGGUGCGUCUGUGGAUGCUGGACAACAGGACAUGCGUGCAGGAAAUCACCGCCCACAGGAAGAAGCACGACGAGGCCAUUCAUGACGUUGCCUUCCACCCCUCACAGCCCUUCAUCGCCAGCGCCGGCGCAGACGCACUUGCCAAGAUUUUUGUGUGACAGCAGUACUGCUGUGAUUUUGUGUCCUGCAUCUUCAACUGGGCCAAAAGAGACUGAAGACGACACUGCAAACAUUUCAUCUACUCACUGCUCACCCACGCCCACACACACACACUUGUCCUGCACCCCACUGGAUGGGUCAUCACCACAGGACGCCCCCACCCUCCCAUCGUUUCCUCGCUGUUCUCUGAUGCCUCAGUGACUUCUUGAACUACCGACCAUAUCCUCUACUGCUUCUUUAAAAGUAACUUUCAAACCAUGGCUGCUCAGUUUCCAAGUCAUCAUAUUUGGAGAAACACUUUUUCUACACGACGCUGUUCUGUUCUGCUUUCCUCUCCACAUCCUGCCAACGGUUUUUACUAAGCACCUUGUGUAUAUGCUCGCACGCUGCAGCUGCUGACACACUACUCGUAUUUCACACCACGCACAAAUGCACCGCCACAUUAGGUCUCCUGUAGUUGGAGGAUGAGACACGCUCACAGGCACCAUCAGAAACGGUCCCCGGUGUGGACAGGAGACACCUGAUCCCGUCUCCUCACUGGGAACGGGUGUGUGGCACUCCAAAGACUCCAGGCAGACGGUGUGUGUCAUCAUAUGUUCAGUUGGAGAAUGUUGAACUCAUUAAUGAGGAGAUGGAUGCUAACCGGUGUCGGAACAAAUAGCUUUAAUUCUUUAAUGUAUUUUGUUUUGGUGUAAGACAUUUUAACCUACGUCAGAGUAGCAUCCCCCGUGGUUCUGCGCCUUUGUGUGUGUGUGUGUGUGUGUGUGUGUGUGUGAGAGAUUAAAUAUCACCUUUCUGUAUGAGAUAACAUAACACGUGAUCCACACCGCAUUAACCAUCGGAUGUCACUACAGCUGUGAGUUGGGUCUUUUUACUGUACAUAUGUGUGUGUGUGUGUGUGUGUGUGUGUGUGUGUGUGUGUGUGUGUGUGUGUGUGUGUGUGUGUGUGUGUGUGUGUGUGUGUGUGUGUGUGUGUGUGUGUGUGUGUGUGUGUGUGUGUGUGUGUGUGUGUGUGUGUGUGUGUGUGUGUGUGUGUGUGUAAAUGCACUAAAACCAUGGUGCUAUAGAAGACCUUGAGUCAGAAUCAGGGAACUGUUUUGUGUCUCUACUUACGGCCACACGCUUAAACCACGUCUGACACUACAGCUUAAGCUGCUGAGUCGUCUCUGCGACCGUCGGCACGUUUCAGGUUUACCAAUCGCUGUUGAUGUUCGGACCAAAGGAACGAGAGGAAUGUAGACAUUGAUUGUUUCAGACAGGAGUUUUCCUGAAGCUGAUGGUGAAGAAGGAUCCCUUCAGUUUGUGGCUGAUGGUCAGUUGUUGCUUGUUCGUUCAGGCGUUUAGAAAAGCUCGACAUCGUUGUUGUCAUUAAAUCGAUGUUCCCUCUAGCAGAACAGGCCAGGGCACUAACGGCACAGAGAUGCUCAUACUGAGAAAAACAAAAAGCAAAAAUGAGUUUCUCCAAAGACAGUAUUGACACAAGAUGUGAGGAAGUUUUCACCGGAUCCAUCUGACUGAACAAAUCCUGGGAAAACCUCAAGAGUUCCUCCUGAGACUCCUUUCCCACUAAACCCUACUUACCAAUAUCUGCUGUCUCAUUUAAACAAGAAAACAGAAUUCCUAAACCUUCUUGUUGUUAAAAACAUCUGGAAAAUCUAAUAUUCUCCGGCUACACUAAGAGUGAGAUUCCCAAACGUAAGCUUCAGACCCACUAAAUAACUGGCAGACCAUAAUGUCGAUACAUUUCAUCAUUUUUUAUUGUUUUUAAAUUAUUUUAGUAAUUAUGGCAAAAAUCCACUACUAGCAAUCAUUUAUUUGCUUUUACUUGGAUUUUUUAUUUCAUUUAAGCGUUCACCGACCCUCGGAGGGAUCCUGCGUUUGGAGCCACUGCUCUGAACAGGCCAGACCUCCUGAGGCACUGGGAGAACUACCAGGACAUGUGUUUAGUUAGAAUAACCCCAAAAGAUGGGAUUCAUUAAAAAGUUUUUUUUUAAUGAUCUGAAAUCGGAGGCUAAAGUAGCCCGGAGGUCAAACAGUCCUAGCAACACUAAUGUUAAUGAUCCUCUAAAUAUUUGUUGUCCAAACAGGGUGUUCUAUGAAUGUGUGAGGUUAGAAAACGUGUCGCUGCUGUUGCUUUGACAUAAAUCUAAAGAAGGAAAAAAAGUGCCACUUUGUUAUUGUACUGCAGCAGGUCCGGAUGUCCUGUUGUCUUGUUUAACUACUAUUCAGCUCCACGUUGCACUACACGUAGUUUAGGAGUGAACAGACAGGGUGCAGAGGUAGCGAAGUGGAAACACGACAGUGGAGUAGCGCACAUUUAAAGAGAGAUUUUGGCCUUUUUAUUGUGUUUCUGUGUAAAAGAAAAGGUUUUUCAUACAAUGCUGCCAUAAGCGCUGAAUGACAGGAACAGUUUGAAAAUGACAGCUAUCAGUUUUGGUUUUGGACUAGCUGUUAGCAUAUCAAUCCUGUGAACCCUACUGCUUGAACUGCUGGAGUCUAGACUCGGUAGGAUGGUCAUUAUUUAUCAUUUUUACACAGAAACACCAGGAAUUGGCCGAAAAAUCCUUUUAAACAUUAAUAGUUUGAAACGAGCUGAUGCUUAUUUUUUCUCUCCACUAUGAACUAACACGUUCCCUCGCUGAGAAAAAAAAAAGAAAUUGAAAAAAGACAAAUCAGUGUGAGGCAUCAAGAAAAGAAAUCCAAACCGUGAUUUGUAAAUGAUGAGUAGCGUUGCCAUUACGUGCUGUAAAUGUCUCUCAUUUCCUUGUUUAUUUUCUUGCAUCGCUUUUCUUUAAUUACCAAUAUAAUUAAUGAGAUUUAAGAAUAUCGUAGUACCAUAAGUGAAUCAUUCUUCCUUGCUAGGCAUAGAACAAACUUGUGAAUGAUGACAAUGUAAAACAUGUUUUAAAAAAAAGCAAAACGGUUAAAAACAUGAAAAACAAUAAAAACAAAAUAAAAAUAAUCUGUUACCAGUCAGAGGCCAAGGUAAAGGACUCUCAUUUCUUUGUGUUUUUAUUUUUUUAUUAGCAAUUUAUCACUGUGUGAUAUUUUGUACAUCAUAUAAAGCUGUAUUCAAACUAUUUCCUCUAACUACAAGGGAUAAGAGACCUGCUUUUGGAUUAAUUUGUCUUAUAUAUUUUUGAACUGCAUUCUGGCUUGUAUUAAAUGAUUUUUUUGCUUUGUUUACGGGUCACUUGUGUAUGUCAUUAAGGAAGAAAAGAUCAAGAAAAUAAAGAUUUUGUACAGUGA